AAGAGACGGAGGGAGGGGGGACAACCAGAGAAGUGAGGGAGAGAGACGGAGAGGAGCAGGAGCGCGGAGAGUCUCCUCAGCCUCGGAGAGCCUGACAGGAAGCAAGUCCAAGCCGGGGAUCCCGACACAGAGCAACUUUACCUCCCAGCGCGGCGGAGCGUUUUCAGCACCUCGGACAGCGCCGCGCCGCCGCACGCCUGGCUCAGCCCGGGGAGCGCGCGCAGCCCGGCGGCGCGCAGGCAAUGUGCGCUCCUGUCAGCGUCGCAAUGAGCUCGAGUGUGUCCACUGCAUAGUAACAGCAGAGAAUGUCCUUGACAACUGUGUGCACAGAGUUGUAAUGAGCAUGACUGCUGCGCAGGACGCAGCGCGCGCGGGGGGCGGCUCGGACUGAGCCCCUCUUCAUUUUUUUUUUUUUUUCUUUUUUUUAAGUGUCUUUGCCAACUCCACUAAACUUGAAGUGUGUCCGCGCCACCAUGGGGAUUAGCCACCUUUUGCUGCUGCUCAUCUACCUGGAUCCGCUGUGCGUCCUGAGCGCCGCCACGGGGGGCAAGAAGCCCAAACAAGCCCCCAGGAAGGCUCCCAAAGCCACUGCGGUGCCUACCGUCACCACGCCGCCCGCGCCCCCCAGCAACCACGACACCUGCCUGGGCUACUACGACGUGAGCGGCCAGUACGACAAGAAGUUCGAGUGCAACAACACGGACCACCGGUACUGCUGCGGCACGUGCUACCUGCGCUUCUGCUGCGAGUACAAGAAGGACCGACUGGACCAGAAGUCCUGCAACAACUACAUCACCCCCCCGUGGGUGCAGACGGCCGCCCCCUCGCCCAUCCCGACCGAGGUGUACGACCCGAGCAUGGACCAGACCAACACGGCGGUCUACAUCACCUGCGGGAUCAUAGCCUUCAUCAUCGUGCUCGGGGUGUCCGUGAAAGUGGCUUACGACAAAGCCACGGAGCCCCCCCAGGAGAUGAACAUUCACAGAGCCCUUGCAGACAUUCUGAGGCAGCAGGGGCCCAUUCCCAUUUCUCAAUACGACUGCGAGAACUUUGCAGCGAUGAAUGGCUCACCCAAAGACAACACGCCGGUCAGAACCUCGUCUAAGAACCACUACACCCCCGUCCACUCUUCCAAAUCCAACCACGGUCUCCACUAUGGAAAAGAGAGCGUCCGGAGCAGCGGAGGCGGCGACCUUCACAACUUCAUCUCCUCUGGCUUUGUGACUCUGGGUCGAGGUCAUCAGAAAGGAGAAAAACAUUGGCCGGUCCGCUCCCAGAGUCACCAUGGUACCCAUCAGCACAGCUAUAACCAUGUGGCUUUAGGUAGCCCUUCACGCACACCUAAGAAUGCUCACCGGUCAUUGAGGCGCGAAAACAAUCGGAUAAGCAGCAUCCUGACCUCGCAGACGGAACCCUACGACCUGUCUUUCUCUCGCUCCUUCCAGAGCCUGUCACACCUGCCUCCUUCCUACGAGGCGGCCGUCAAAGCCGACCUCAGCCGCUUCUCCUCCCUGAAGAAACUCACUGCAGAUAAAGAAGUGGAAGAGUACUACAGCCGAAAGCGUCACCUGCCUGACCUGGCAGCGAGAGGCACCCUUCCCUUGCACGUCCUCAAAAUAAGUCAAGAACAGCAUCGGGAGCCGCAGCAGCAGCUGCCUAGCCAGCCUCCACCAUCCUCCCAGGCCCCCUCCCAGUCUCAGUCGUCGCAGCAGCAGGCUCAGCAGAGGCAGAGGCCCCGCCGCGUCCAGAGGGCCAUGUCCCAGGAUCGCGUUCUGGCCCCUCAGAACGCCCCGCACCAAGAGUACAGCAACGAAAUGUCUCCGUACGGAGGCCGGAUUCUCUCUGACGAGCAGCUGCUGUCGGCCGAACGUCUUCGAUCCCAGGAGCGCCUCCUGCCGCAAGACCGCCACACCUCUCAGGAUCGCUUGUACUCCAAGGAUCGCAUGUACUCAAAGGACCGACUCUUGUCGCAAGACCACCUCUACUCAAAAGACCGACAUUAUUCACAAGAGCGCCUCUAUUCACAAGAUCGCCUGUACUCACAAGACCGCCUCCUGUCCCAGGAUCCUCUGCUCUCACCAGACAAGUUUGUGAUGUCACUGAAGCGCGGCAUGGUCAGCAGCAUCUCUGGUGGCUUUCGAGGCAGCGACAAGUCCAUGUCGCGUGCAAUCUCGCACACAGAUGUCUUCAUCCCGACCACUCCUCUGAUGGAUCGCUACAAGAUGACCAAAAUGCACUCCCAUCCCAGUGCCUCUAAUAACGGCGGCGGCGGCGGCGGCGGCGGCGGCGGCGGUGGCAGCGGAGGAAGUGGUGGGGCAGCGGUGGCAGGAGCAACCAUCCAUUCCAACACUUUGGCCAUGAACCACACUGCAAACAAGAGGCAGGCGUUUGCCUCCAGACGAACUCACACUGUGGAGCAGCUUCACUACGUCCCACAGCACCACCAGCUGCAGCAGCAGCAGCAACAGCAGCAGCCGCAGCACUACCGCACAGGCAGCAAAACAGAAGUGACGGUCUAAGGACCAGCUGAACUCUGAGCUGCGCUGGAAAGGAGCCCUCUCGUGUGCCAAGAGGUGGAAAUGACUGGUACAAGGUGCAUCGGCCAUUUUUAAGAGUAAAAUCCUCAUGUCAUUAUCUUUGACUGAAGUUUUUGCAAAGUCAGACAUUAAAGAACCAAGAUCAUCCACUAGCCAACUGUGAGACCGGAAAAUUGAGCUCCACUGUACACUACACACGGGCCCCUCAAGAUGUGAAGCCAGAGGGGGUUGUAGAUGGGUUGUGGGGGACAUUUAACUUAUCAAGCUACAGUCCUCUCCAAACGCCUGUAACCCUUCCCUAAAUCUUUUCUUGUGUUGCAUUUUUAUAAGAAAAAAAAAGAAGUAUUUUUUGAGCGAAAACUGCCUCUGAAAAGCAAGAAUAUUUAAAAUCAUCUCCAACUAGUUGACAAACAUACAUUUACUCCAGUCAUCCAACCAUUCUAAGGAAUUAAAAAAUAGGAGAGCGCGAUCUUAGACCCAAAAGACUUUCAGAAUGUCAUCACCGUGAGAAGAAGGCUAACAAACACUCGGCAUGUUUAAAUGAUUUACGUUUCUACUGCAUCUAAACAAGCCAUAUAACUGGAAUAAUGAUGGUAAUGUACAGAAGAGAAGCUAAACACUAUAUGGUCAUUAGUUUGGCCACAAACUCUUCCGUAUUAUUUUUGAGGCCAUAUGUCCAAUCAAAACAUUUUCACUCCCAACUCCUCACGCACUGGCGUUUGGCUAAGGACCCCGCCGUGUAAAAAAUAGAUGUUUUGAGUGUCCCUAAUUCUUGAUUUUUUGGACGUGCUGACUGUUCCUAUUAAAUCGCGGGUCCCAACCUCCGGCCAGCAGUCCAAUGCCGGAAUGCAGAGCACACCCUAACCCAAUACUGGUACCUUAACCCUGCACCGAUUUGUGUCCGGUACCACGCGUGAGCCCGGUUUGCAUCAGGAACUGCAUCUGGUACCAGGUCGGGUCUAGUACCGCGUCCAGUAUCACGCCCAGUGCCGGGUUAGGUUAAGGGCACUGGUACUGAGUUACCAGUACCAAUGGCUGGUACCCGUACUGGCCGUGGACUGGUCCUAAGGACUCGGCCAUCUGGUACCACGUCCGAUACUGCAAGGACCCUUGAUUCUACAAACAGUCAGCUUGUCAAAAAAUGACCAUUUAGGGACACCCACAACCUCACCUUUUGGGUCCUUAACCAAACGUCAAUAUGUGACGACAUGGAAAUGAGAAUGUGUCAGUCCGACAGAUAAAGCUAGUUCCAAAGAAAGUCAGGAAAUAAGAUGAUACACUUAACAUUGAAAAUAUAUUAUAUUAAACCCAGUCAUAAAAAAUGAACCACUGUUUAAUGUGAAGGGAUAGUAGGAAUGCAAGUAAAGAUUUAUUCAGUGUUAUAGGAAAAAGGAAUGUCUAUAAUUUUGUGCGGUUAGGCUGUGAAGUCUUGCAUUAUAGGGAUGAACUCAGACCAUAGAUCCAUAAACCCGCGGUCUAGAUGCUGAUGGUGUUUAGAAGCCAGACCAUUCCAAAGCAUCGCCUUGGUCCUCGGGGGAGACUGUCUUGCAUGUUUUCCAUAAUGCCUUGCUAAAAUACACCUGAUUCAACCCAUCAUCAAGCUCUGCAGAGGCCUGAUAAUGACAGUAAUCAAACACAGGUGUGUUUAGGCAGGGUAGGAUUGAAACAUACAAGACGGUGUUCCUGAAAGACAAGGAAUGGGAAGCACUGGUCUGGAAUACACAGGGAGACCACCAUUCAUGAAUUUAGUAGCAAACAUAGGAUUGUGAUUGGCUCAGAAGAAAGGUGUGCCGUGUAGCAUGCGGUUCAAAGUGAAAGUCUAAUUGAUAAUGAUGUGUAGAGUGAUAUAACAACCCAACAGGCGUACCUGGAAGUGAGAUAUAUCUUUAUAUUUUUACAAAUUUUACAAAACUAGCAAGUAUGUGAACCUCAAGGAAACACUUCCAGAUUAUAAAAGCCUCGUUUCCACUGAAAGGACCGGUACAGGAGAGCUAGGACGGGACGGACCAGUUAAUUCUUGCGAGUGUUUCCACUGUUUUCACGGUGCAUGCGUGGUGUAGACCGCUAGCGUGUCACUGUAGUGUGACGACUAGAAAAGCAACAACAAUGGAGGUCAUCUAGCAGCUCGUGUCUUUCUUUCUUUACUUUGUCUACAUUAUGUAUAACAGGAAUUUAAUACUGUUUGAAAGACAUUUGUGCCGCAAAGAGGAAAGCGGAAUCGCUAGCUUAGCGCUACAUUGGUGCUUUCCAAUAUUGUCAUCACUUUCUGCCAAUCAGACGGUGGCUACAGUGAUUCUGCCACAACCGUCCCAUUCUAUUUUUCUAUGGGCCAACAACAGAUGGGGCCCUCAAGAGGUACGGGUCGGAAUUGUUUAAUGGGUCCAUUUAACAAUGGAAAUGCUCAAAAUACCGGAUUGAAUUGGACCACUUGGUGGAAACGAGGCUGGAGAAAACUGUUGCUGAUUUACACUUUUCUGUAAAGUUUAAUGCUGAUCCAAAGCUUCGUCCUAAAGCUUCAAUGUGAGCAAAAAUCUUUUUUAAAAGAUCCAAUACUAAUAAUUCCUAAAGUACAUAAUUACCGAUGGUCUCAGCAGUCAAACAAUGCUGAGUCACCGUGGACAAUCAUUACUCUCAUGUCGUUUUUGUUCUUGAAAGGAUUGUACAUCAUUUUCCCUCCAGUCGUAUCUAAACUAAUAACACGUUUUAUUUCAAAAAUUCCAAUUACUGAUUCAAAAGAAGGGUUAGGAUGUUUUGAAAAUGACUGUAAUUUGUUGAAAGUUCACAGUCUUGAUUAUCCUGUCUGUCCACAGCCUGCCUCCGAGUAUGUUUUCGUUGGAAACACAGAUCGUGUCUCUUUAAGCCUUUAUCUGCACCCCCUCCCCCCACACUUUUUUUUGUCCCACAAAUCUAUUCUGUGACCUUUUCUGGCAAAUCUUAAAGGGCUUUGCAUGGUUAAACACAAGAACUGAUUCCUCCAUGACUACUGUUGUGCAACACAACACCACCACGGGUGAUGAACUACUGUGAGCUUGUGACAACUUUAUAAAUAUAUAAAUAAAGGGACUGAAAAGAAGAAGAGCUCUUUGUAUGCGCCGCCCUCCUCAUUGCUCCGGAGAGCCUCAGAAGUGGAGAAAACGAUGUGAUCAGCACUUCUGUUUGUGCCUCUGACAGACGCUCCAUUUCUAAAUAUGACAUGGUUUCGUGGGUUACAAAGCACAAUCAAUACAAAUUAAUCAGUUCUAGUUUUACCGAUGUGUUGAAAUAGUGAUGGCUAGCUUGUUUUAUUCUGAAAACAAUGGCAGUUCUCUUUUUGUUUUGUUCUUUGCUUCCAGUAGACAAAUGUAAAUAUGCUAUAUUAGAAGCAGUAAUAUGGACAAGUCUGGACUGGAAGGACUUUGUAUUAGACUGUCUGUUUUCAGUAGAUUCUUAAAACACAACUAUAAAUCGUCACUGUUUCGUGAGUUCAGAAUAGAAACCCACUUAACCGACCAGAUAAAUAAAUACUAUACUGUGUGUUUUGUUGCAAAACAUUUUGAAUAAAUGAUCGAUUGAAUGAAUGCCAUUGGUUGUUGAUUGCAGAUUGUUCGUAGUUGGAUGUAAACUGUGUUCCACUGACAUCAGAAGACUUGAAUUUAAUGAAAAUGGAUGAUAAUGUGUGUCAAAGUAGGGUCAAAUAAACCAUCCAUAUUUUUCUAUACAAACAGCA